GGCCCGACUCACCUCACUGCUCACCAUCUGAGAGCUUUCAGAUGAUCACUGCGGAAAGGUCUCCGCAUCCAUAAACCUUAAUCUGAAAAUGACUGGAAGUGGCCGGCGAAGCGCUCGGAGCCGAAUCAAAUCCUCCACAGACAGCGGCGAUGAUCGCUCUCUCCGUAUCGAAAAACCAAUACCCCAUCCCCAAUAUCGAAGGGACAGAAGCAGAGACCACAGUCUCAUUCGUAUCCCAAGCGUCAAUCUCAAAGCUCUUCUAGGGUUCGGCAUCGUCCUGUUUCUGCUCGUCUUGUUUCUGAUUCACCAUCUUAUUAAUCCCGUCGAAGGACCUCAGACGCCCAGGGUCGUCACCCCUUUCCCUGCCCCAAAAAUCAUGGAUCUUCCUCAGUUUCAAGGUGGGCACAAGGAGAGCUUGUAUUGGGGAACUUAUCGCCCUAAUGUUUAUCUCGGGAUUCGUGCAAGGACUCCCCAGUCUUUGGUUGCUGGAUUGAUGUGGACUGGUGUCAAGGAUGGAAGAUUUUCCAUGCGUCAUGUCUGUCAAGAUGCAGACGAGUUGAAGAAAUACGGUUGGAUGCGUCACAAUGGCCGGGACUAUGGACAUCAGGAGCUAGUUGACCAAGAUAUGACCUUGAUGACAAGUUUUUUUAAAUCCAAAGAGGAUGGCAGUGGCUAUGGAGGGGACUGGACAGUUCGAAUUGAUGUGCGAAAUGAGAAUUCCAAACUUAGUGAGGACUUGCAGCAAACUGCCCACCUUUUCUUUUAUCUCGCUGAUGAAGAUAGGAAUGCUUUAAGUCUGAGUCGAGAUCUCUUGGACAUUCAUGAUAAUUCUCUCCUAGCUUUCGGAUCACGAAAAGACAUUGGCAGUUGGCAUCUACAUUUAGCAUCAAUGGAUGAUUUGGAAGUCCAUUAUUCUGGCUUCAAGACACCUCAUAUACACAAUCUAUCAGAUCUUGUCCAGCAAAAUCUUGGAGCCCAAGUGAGAAAGUUUGGUCGUUUGCAGCUCUCAGACACAUCCGAUGAUUCUUCAAACAUUUUAGUAUUUCAGAUAUCAGGUAGCAUUCCUUUCAGAGCCGACAUAGCUUUUGUAUCUGGAACUGACUUAGGAGGAAAUUCAAGACUUAAAGACCGUCUCAACAGCCUUACAGGUACCUUACUGACUACUCGGCUAGAUGAGAAGGAAAGAGAAUUUGAUGAAAAAUUCAAAAAUUCAUUUUCUCUGACCGAUGAGCUUGAUUUUGAGUCCAUUUCCAUUGGUAAGGCUGCUGUUGCCAAUUUGAUGGGUGGAAUUGGCUACUUCUAUGGCCAGUCAAAAAUCUCAUUACCAAAGACCUCUGAUUUUAAAAGUGGUGAAAGAUAUAUUUCUUACUGGCCAGCUGAACUUUAUACAGCUGUUCCCAGCCGACCAUUCUUUCCCAGGGGGUUUUUAUGGGAUGAAGGUUUCCAUCAACUACUGAUCUGGCGUUGGGAUAUACAAAUAUGCUUGGAUAUUGUUGGACAUUGGUUAGACUUGAUGAAUGUCGAAGGAUGGAUUCCACGUGAACAAAUUUUGGGUGCUGAAGCUUUAAGUAAGGUCCCUGAGGAAUUUGUUCUUCAGCAUCCAACAAAUGGAAAUCCUCCAACUCUAUUUUUGGUUCUACGUGAUUUAGUUUUUGGCAUGAAGAAAAAUAAGUUUACAGCUGCUGAGAGGGAUCAAAUUUCUUCCUUCCUUGAACGGGCUUUUGUCCGUCUUGAAGCAUGGUUUCAAUGGUUUAAUACUACGCAAUCAGGUAUGGCCACGAGUAGCUAUUUUUGGCAUGGAAGAGACAAUACAACUACCCGAGAAUUAAAUCCCAAGACACUCUCCUCUGGGUUCGAUGACUACCCACGUGCAUCACAUCCAGGUGAUGAAGAACGUCACUUGGAUCUUAGAUGUUGGAUGCUUCUUGCUGCAGAUUGCAUGUAUUCCAUCUCAAAGCUUCUUAGGAAGGAAAAAGAACUGGGAAAGGAGUAUGGUUCAACAGCCAAGCUACUCUCAGAUUUUGCCAUUCUAAACCAGAUGCACUUUGAUGAUGCAUAUGGAGCUUAUUUUGAUUUUGGAAAUCACACAGAAAAGGUUCGUUUGAGUUGGCAAGUAGUAGGGGGAACCAACCAUUAUGCAAGUCGAGAGCUAGUCCGGGAAGUUUUAGAGAGGCCGAGGUUGAGGUUUGUUCCUCAUAUUGGCUAUGUCAGCCUUUUCCCAUUUAUGUGGAGGAUUCUUCCGCCUGAUUCAUUGAUUCUAGAAAAACAGUUGGAUCUCAUUUCGAACCGGAGCAUUUUAUGGACUGACUAUGGACUGCGUUCUCUUUCCAAAACAAGCUCAAUGUAUAUGAAACGCAACACGGAGCAUGACCCACCUUAUUGGAGAGGUCCUAUUUGGAUGAACAUGAACUACUUGAUUCUUUCCUCACUUCACCAUUACUCAAAAGGAAAUGGACCAUACAAAGACAAAGCCAAGACCAUGUACAGUGAUUUGAGGAGCAAUUUAAUUAGAAAUAUUGUGCGGAAUUAUCAGCAGACGGGGUAUUUUUGGGAGCAGUAUGAUCAGAAGAAGGGGAAAGGAAAAGGUGCACGUGUAUUUACUGGGUGGACAUCACUUGUCUUGUUGAUCAUGGCUGAAGCUUAUAGUGAAUGGUAGGACUAGUCAUUUUUCUGAUUUUUCAAGAAAAGAAAUGGCAAGAUCAAGAGGAAUUACAACUGGUAAUUUAUUGUCCAAGGAAGGAAAUAGGAAAGAGGAGAGAGUAUGUGCAAUAGAGGACGAUCUUAACCGUGAUAACAGCCGAUACUUUCUUUUACUAGAGGGAAGAGUAAAACAGACAAAUCGUCCUAUUUGCAGUUUCGUACUGUAUUAAUCUCCCAUUGAAAUAAGCACUUGUGUUGCAAAUGGAGUACAUUUUUAUAGACAUUUAAAUUUGUAUUC